AUGUCUUCUCCGAACUCCACCAGCCCCUCCCACCCCCCCACCUUCCUCCUGGUUGGCAUUCCGGGGCUGGAGAAGGAGCAGUUCUGGAUUGCCUUCCCCUUCUGCAUCAUGUACGCCAUAGCUGUGCUGGGGAACAUCAUCCUUCUCAUCGUCAUCAAGACCGAGUCAAGCCUGCAUGAGCCCAUGUGGGUGGUACUGAAGCUGUCAUCAUCUGACACUCAGCUCAAGGCCUUUAACACAUGUGUGCUGCCCAAAACGCUCGCCAUCUUCUGGUGGGGCUCCAGGGAGAUUGGCUUUGUUUCCUGCCUUGUUCAGUUGUUCUUUGUCCACAACUUCACAGCAGUGGAGUCGGGCGUGCUCAUGGCCAUGGCCUUGGAUCGCUAUUUUGCCAUUUGCCAUCCCCUGCGGCACUCCAGCAUCCUCUCCAUGCCGGUGGUGGCAGCUCUCGGGAGCCUGGUGCUGCUGCGUGGAGUCCUCAUGGUGGGUCCUGGCUGCUUCCUGCUCGAUAGGAAGGCCUUCUGCCAGCAUCGUGUCAUCUCCCAUUCCUACUGUGAACACAUGGCCGUGGUGAAGCUGGUAUGCGAGGACACCAGUGUCAAUGCUGCCUAUGGCAUCUUUGUGGCUUUUGCGGUGAUAGGAGUUGACCUUACAGUGAUUGCUGUGUCCUACACCAUGAUCCUGUGGGUGGUACUGAAGCUGUCAUCAUCUGACACUCAGCUCAAGGCCUUUAACACAUGUGUAUCCCACAUCUGUGUUAUCCUUGCAUUUUAUGUCUCUGGACUCUUCACAUUCCUCACCCACCGGUUUGGACACAGCAUCCCCCAGCACGUCCAUAUAUUGGUGGCCGAUAUCUACAUACUGGUGCCACCCAUGUUAAACCCCAUCAUUUACGGGGUCAGAACCAAACAACUCAGGGACAAAAUAGUUGUCCUCUUUCAGAGGAAGGGAAUCUGA